CUCUCUCUCUCUCUCUCUCUCUCUCUCUCUCUCGCUCUCGCUCUCUCGCCGUAAAGAACACGCCGAGGACAAGUUGCCGAGUUUCUCGCGUCUACAUCCGUGAGAGGGUCUCGCGCACGACACGGCCAGUCACAUUUUAGGCGGACACCCCCAGCGGUGAAGCUGCUUCUCGACUUUUCUUGACUCAACUCUUCUUCCACUUUAUCUUACAGUCGGGGACAAGUCUGUGGUGGCUCAGGUGGCUUCCAUAUUUCGUCACCUGAAGUGUCCUUUUACCUGAAACCAGCCAACACCUGUGCUGGGAGAGGGAGAGAAGCACCUGGAGUGCUGUGCCCGUCGCCAAGUGAGGAAGAAAAAAAAAGCGAGAGUGAGAGAGACUGCCUGGAGGACUGAGCCAAACUCACAAGUUGAAACUGUGGCUACCUGAAACAUGGAGGUCGAUGGUACUUCGUGGAAACUUACUGUGCUGUCAUUGACCUGCUUGUGGGGGUUGUCAGGCAUUUGGGCAGAGAUCCUGAUGCCCCAAACCCAUUUGGAUGUGCUGAAGGGUCAGAUGGUGAUCCUGAAGGCUUCAUACAACACGGUGCCUGGGAGCGACCUGAGCACAAACACCAUCAUCUGGAACCUUGUAUCGAACAACACUCAGCUGAUAAUCUCUUACACGAAAGGCUCCAUCAGUGUGGGGAGUUCCCAGUUUCAGGGCAGAGUUGGGUUCACCUCUCGCAUGCCCUCUAGUGACGUGUCUCUGUACAUCAACAACACCCAGGAGUCCGAUUCUGGACGUUACCUCUGCCAAGUCAUCAUCCCGGAUAACCCUGGCCUCACUGCCGAGCUCAGCCUGGAUGUCAGAGUGCCCCCAUCUGUCCCUAAGUGCACUUUAUCAGGGAAACCAGUGCUGAAAGGAAAUGUGACUCUGAGCUGCAAGUCCAGCAGUGGGAAGCCGAUUCCAUUGUAUAAGUGGAAGCGAGCCAGUCCCUCCUCUGAGGUCUUCUUCUCACCCAUGCUCAAUGAGAAGACAGGCACUCUGAAGCUGAGUAACCUGAGCAGUAACAUGUCAGGGAAGUAUGUGUGCACUGCCAGCAAUAUAGCCGGAUCUGAAAGCUGUUUCAUCAACCUGGAGAUUUCCACCUCCAAUAAAGUUGGGGUGAUUGUCGGCGCCACGGUGGGCACGGUGGUUGGCGUCCUCUGCCUUAUACUCAUUUGCGUGUUUUUCCUUAAGAAGAGGCAACGGGACAACGAAGAUGACAUGGCAAAUGAAAUCAAAGAGGACGCUCAGGCUCCCAAACGUGUGUCCUGGGCUAAAAGCGGAAUGGGUUCCGACAUCAUCUCCAAAAACGGCACCUUGUCCUCCAUCGCCUCCAGCCCGCAACACAGAGAGCCCUCACACCAACAAAACCACCACCACCACCACUUGCAGCAGUACCCUCAGCGCGCUCCAUCCGACACGGCCUCCAUCAUCACAGCCACUGGCAGCACAGCCGGCUACCGUCCGUCGCGCCAUCAAGGAGCCACCACCCCGACCCACUUCAGCUACAACACCACCACCACUCUCCCGCGUGACCAGCUCGCCUCUUCGGAAGCCAACGCCAAUGGGGGCUCCCAACCCAGACCGGAGCGUUCCACCCAGCUGCCGCAGGCCCAGAUGCUGCCACAGACCUAUAGUCACCCUCAGUUACAGCUUCAGGCCACUCCGCCCCCUCCACCGCUUCCCUCCUCCACACUCACCGGCUCCAACAUCGCCCGCAUGGGCGGGGUGCCCAUUAUGGUGCCCGCGCAGAACCAGGCUGGAUCUCUUGUCUAACAAUAGCCAUGACGUGCUAAGGUAUGCUGUUAACUGUGGGGG